GCCUUCGCCAAGGAAAGCUAAACCUUCAGUGCUGUGCAUCUGCUGAGAAGCAUCUUCUUUGACAAAGACACGGUCAAAGUCAGGUCCAAGAAAAUGGUACUGACGUGAUGGUACCAGCUGCUGAAAGGUACCAUUGGGCCCGGAUGAUGCAUGACGACGGUAUUGGAAUGCCAGUGUUAUAUUCCCGUCCAACCCAUUACAUCAGCUCAACUCUUUGCACACUAUCCAGCAGCUUUCAAACAGCCAUCAUUUGCGGUUAUUGGUUGAAUGCUUGCCCCAGACGUGUUUUCACUUGGAAGGCAUGGGAAAACAUAACAAUCCACCCCCCAUCAGGACAUUACUGAAUCUAAAGUCCCGAUUACACUUGAGACCUCAGAGAUCCAAUUACAUGGCGAGCAUUGAAUGCCUUGUGUUGAACUGUGCACUGAUUUCUGUUAACACUAAUACUUACAAUUCUAUUAAGUAAAGUGUUUCCUUUUUGAUAAUUCAAUAGUAGUGUGAUAAGUGUUAUUUCACAACUUUAAUAUGCAAGAGAUAUGGCGUCGUGUUUCAUCUUUCCUGGGGAUGUCUCUGCGUUAUAUCAGCGGGCGAAGAGACUGUUGGUCUUAUUAUGUAUAAUAGCUACGUCAUUACCAUAAAGACAGUGUUGUACAGUAUUGGGUUGGGCUUAAGGGAAGGAAGGGGGGGACAAAAUGGAGGCAUUUGAUUUUAAAGUGCUCUCACCCACACAUUAGAAACCCACACAUUGGCUUUGCUGGAUGCUUUUUCUACCCGUAUUGCAGACUGUUUCAGUCUGUAUGUCUAUCUCGUUUUCAGAUGAAACCUCAAAGCUAAGAAACCCUCAUUAGACUCUGAUUACAAUUUGUAUUGUAGAAUACAUCUAACCAAUUAUUUUUCAUUUCUAUCUUGACUGAGAGGUAGGCUCUAAAUGAAAAUAUAAGAACCAAAAAAAUGGAUCAACUUGAGCUAUUUGAUUUCCAAGUCUUUCUGCUGAUUUGAAGUGCCUUUGUCUUCUCAUUGAUCUAACAGGGACCCGUCCACAACGUUUCCUCCUUGGCCAGCCACAGAGAAUCAGGGGUGGUCUUCAGCAUCUUGAAAGCACCACAUAAGAAACAGACAAUUCCCGCAAACGUCUCUAAUUCUCAGUGGAGUAGAAACAGUCCUAAUGCAUUGUUAUUAGGCUGAUGGAAAUGCACUUGUUUGUUAAGAAGAGUAAUUUUCACCAGUUCAUUUCAGCACCGGAAAGUCUGGAAGAAUAGUAUUUUUUGUUGUUGUUAUUUCCUUACAGUGAGUAGGGAAAACUAUUAUGCUUGACAAUCUGCCAGUACACGUAGUGAGAAAAUAUUAAGCAGCGGCAAAACCAUCCGGCACUAUGAGAGAUAAUCCAAAACGUGUUACAUGUUGAAAAAUAGCUCAUUUAAAAUGAAUACAGUUAUCUGACUUAAAUGAAUCACUUCCAUUGUAAUAUGGAAUUGUUAUUAUUGCUACAAUUUUCUUUAUAGGAAUCCUAAGUGCAGGCGGUAGUAGGGGGCCGUGGGCCCUGAGGGAUUUGGAAAAUAGAAAACCUGUUGUAGAAUGAUAAGUAAGGUAAGUAAAAUGUUCUAACAGUGUUUACAUGUACUCACAGUGAUGUCAUUGUCGUGUUGCAUAGGUUCAUUUCCAGAGACUCAGAGACUCAGAGCCCUGCAGACCUAGCAAAUUACUCCUGGAAAAAACAACAACUCUAUAGGCCACAGUCAUUUGAUGCAGGAGUGUGGUCACGUUAGCGUGUCUAAACCAUAUUAUGAUUGUUUAUCUCCAACCGCUUUCAGCCUUACAGGUACCCACACGUUUAAAUGGGGCAGCAUACCCAUAUACAUGAAUCUCUUCAAACAAUACUGGGAUGGACACAUCUCCGUGUUGAAAAGAGUCAUCUCACCUAGGAUAAAAAAAAGCAGCUCUUCAAGCAGGAAAUGGCUUCUAAGCGGCAAAUGGGCUACAAGUCUCGCAUAGCAGGAGUGCUGCUUCUCCUUUUGGCCAGCAUCGCCGCCCUUGUUGCCGUUGUCGUCAUCCAGGACACCUGGGCAUCCAAAAAGUACAGCUUUGAGUACGGCAUAGUGAUAGACUCGGGUUCGUCGCGUUCCAAUGUGUACCUGUACCGGUGGCCUGGAGACAAGGAGAAUGAAACGGGAGUUGUGGAAGAGAUAUUGAACUGCGGAGUGUCUGGUGCUGGUAUCUCAGAGAUGAAAGUUGACCGAGAGAAAGAUAAAAUAUCGUGGAAUGGAUUCAUUAAGUGCAUGGCCAACGUCACACAAGCCAUUCCUGCUGAAAAACACAAAACCACACUUCUCUUUCUGGGAGCUACUGCUGGGAUGAGACUGCUACAUGAGAAAGAUGAAGAGAAGUCCAAUGAAAUCCUUGCAAGUCUCAGAGAAUACCUGAAAACGUUGCCUUUCAACUUCCAAAAUGCUUCCAUCAUCACUGGUCAGGAAGAAGGGCUGUAUGGGUGGAUCACUGUCAACUACCUCAUGGGAAAAUUUCUACAAAAAAACCUUUGGAACAAAUAUGCACACCCAGAAGGGGAAAAGACCGUGGGGUCCAUGGACCUUGGUGGAGCAUCGACACAGAUCGCCUUUGCAGUCCAGGAUGAUUUGAGGGGACCCGACUUCUUGCAUGUCAAACUGUACGGUUACCCGUACAAUGUCUACACACACAGUUUCCUCUGCUAUGGCAAAAACGAGGCUGGGAAGAGGAUUCUGGACAAAAUAGUUCAAGAAUCCUCCGACCCAUCCUACAUUAUUAACCCAUGCUACCCGACAGGCUACAACGUCACCAGGAAGGCCUCAUCCAUUUAUGACACGGAGUGCACAAAGAAACCGAUCAAGUACAACCCGGAUCAAGAACUCUUCAUGGUGGGAACCGCCGACUCAGACAAGUGCCGCAGCAUCGUGAAAUCCAUCUUUGAUUUCAAAACGUGUUCCUCGGCCCAGUGUUCCUUCGACGGGGUCAGCCAGCCACCCGUCACUGGAGAUUUUAUGGCGUACGCAGGCUUCUUCUUUACUGCUAGGGCGCUGGGGCUGAUCGGAAGGUCGGAUCUCGCUCAAUUCCACGCAUCAGUUAAGCAACUGUGCCACACAAAUUGGACAGCGCUGAGGGCAGAAAAGACUUGGAUCAAACCUGAUUACCUGAGGACUUACUGUUAUGCUGGUCACUACAUAUACUCAAUGCUGGCAGAUGGAUACAAGUUCGACACUGAGACCUGGAAAAACAUUGACUUCCAAAAACAGGUGCAGGACACGAGCAUCGGUUGGAGUUUGGGCUACAUGCUGAGUAUGUCAAACAUGAUCCCAUCUGAAGUGGAAAAAAUCCCCCCCCUGACAGACCCGGUCUUUGCCGGCCUCGUCUUUCUGUUUUCAGCCCUGACAAUCAUUACGGUGGUCUCAGUUUUCAUAAUCCUCAUUCGCACUUGUUUCUGAGAGUCACCAAGAGAAGGAAAUGUCAUUGUAAGUGUUGUAAGUAGUGCAAACAUUUAAGGAUGUCAAUUUUAGUUAUGACAGUUCGUAGAAAAUGAAAAAAAGAACUAGAAAUCCUACUAGUAACUUUGCGUCUUUAAGCUAGCAUCUCUGGAGGCGUUUUGUCAGAUAAAAGCAGGCAACACACAAGAGCUUGAAUGACUGACAGGUAAUGGAACUCAUAAAUGCUUGAUCUUGUCACACAUUGUGUCAUUUAAAAUGAAAUUGCAUUUGCAUUGAUGUGCUCAUGCACAUGGACCUUCAGGCUAUUCACUGAUUCAUUUUGUAUUAUAUGUUGUCAUUUGCACUGAAUGGAUUCUGGUUUAUACAUAACAGCAGGAUGGCACUUUGCCUUGGCCACUUUAUUUUACACACUGCAUAGUGUGUAGUCAGGGAAAGAUAUUAUUUGGCACAAGUACCUCUAUUCUUAAGUGGUAGCAUUACCAGUGGCUCGGUAACUAGUUUGUGUGACCUCUCAUCUGCAUGAAAAAUGGCCUCUUUCGCCCGUCGUUGUCAAGUGCAGAGCGUGAUAUUUACGGUACAUGGACGUGACCCUUCCCACCCUCUCUCUGAUUGGCUCGUACUUAUUACCUUUGUAUAGAAAUUGUCAGGAUAAUAGGCGAUGAACAAGAUUGGAGGACGAGAGGCUAAAGCGGAAUGGAGCCUGCAUGCAACAUCCCCCGAUAUAUAAUAACAAAGUCCUGACUGAGAGGUUUUUUAUGUCGCUAUGCACAUUGGAUGAAAUUAAACGGCAUAUUCGUGGGACAUGUAUGUUCUGUUGUGUCAAAAUGUAAACUUAAUGUUAACCUCAACGUUGAUAAGACACACUAAUGAACAAAACAUUUAAAAAAUAACAGACCAUAUCUAAAAAGCUGAGGAUCCCUUGUGUAUAUAAAACAGUGUAAAACCAGAAGUACACAUCACUAUUAUUACUGAAUGAAACCCUCAUUAAUAAACAUGAAAUCAUGAAUGUGCUCUGUGCCAUUGUAUCGUCCUGCUUUUGCUAUAUAUUACCAUACGUAUAAUAAUCAAGAUAAAUACAAUCUAUAAUGUUAGUUCUUUGAGUUAUGUCAAUCAAUAGAAACUAGAGUUUUGGGGGUAUGACCUGACUAUUGCACUUAUUUUGACCACAAUUCCCUCUCUAUAGUAUAUUACACCUACUGUACCCUUUGUCAUUAUGGAAUUGGGUUCCACUGUUGCACCAUUCAUUGGUGACCUUAUUGAUUUUAACUGAGCUGAACGACUGACGAGUUGAUUUAAUUUAAUACUAAACACUGUUGACUACUUCCCUAAAUUAAAUGUAAUAAUCAAAAGAGACAAAACAAAUAUUCUUGUUUAAAUCUGAAUACCUCUGAUUUCUUUUGUGUCCAUUGAGCAUCUCCAGCUUCCCUGGUGACUUUGUUAGUCACAAACAGACGAAACAUCUCCUCCAAUCUGAUCCUGUGUCCUCCAGCGCCCUCUAGUGGUACAGCAUCGCACCUGCAGAGUAUACUAGAUGAGUAGUGACUGUUUAAAACAUUUUAUU